AUGACGACGUCCUCUCGGCUCUCGACGUUGUAGGUUCCUUAAUUCUUACUUUUAUGACAUUCCCAUGUUUAAUAACCCCUUAGAUUUUAUAGUAUGUUACUCAUCUCCGUCACUUCUACCUCAGCCCAAUAUGGUCGUUACGUCCUCGCGGGAUAUUCUUAUGCGGCUUCUCCAGCUCUUGCUGGAGUUUCUUAUGAUCCCCGAACUCCGUAUGUGGCAUAUUCCGCUGGGGUAGCAGCUGCACCAGCACCUUCCCUCUAUGCUGCUCAUCCAGCUCCUGCCUAUGCAGCCCCAGUCCCGGCCUACCACUCCCCACCGCCUGCCCCUCCACCGGCAGCUUAUGCACAUCCUGCUUAUGCUCCCCCACCACCUCCAUCGUACGGCCCUCCAGCUCCACCAGCAUAUGGACCUCCAGCUUAUGGUCCCCCUCCUCCACCGGCCUAUGCACCACCCCCACCAGCCUAUCAUGCACCUCCCCCACCUCCGGCUGCCUAUCCUCCUCCAGCUUAUCACGCUGGCCUACCACCUCCUCCAGCCUACCACCCGGGACCAGCCCCACCACCAUACCCAGCUCCCCCUCCACCAGCCUUCUCUCCACCCGGGCCCCCACCAUAUUUCUCCCCUCCCCCACCACCUUCUCCCAUUGCUCUUCCAUUCUCACCACCUCUUCCGCUAGCUGUUCCAGUCCCAUUAGCAGCUCCAGCUUAUAUUUGUAAAAUGGCGUCUUGCAAGAAGCCUCAACCUCAACCACCAAAUGUAAUCAUCAAGCUAGACACAAGCUCGACUGGAAAGUCCUCUUCUCCAUCAAUGAAUCAGCCAAUGAAUCCAUCGCUCAAUCCACCCGUAAAUGGAAUGGGAGGAAUGAAUGUAAGAUCGAUGGGAGACAUGGGAAAUGGCGGUGCUAUGCGAUCGCCUCCUAUGGGCAACAACAACCGACAGAUGAAUCCUUCGGGAAUGGGCGGUAAUGGUAAUAGAAACGGAUGUGCGGGCUCCAAUCAGAAAUCCGGUGGAUGCUAA